AUGGUUUCCGACGACCCUCGGCGAUUGGUCUCGCAGAUAGCACCGGUGGGAAUGCCCCAAUUUCGCGCACCCAAACUGCCGAAAGCAGCCAUCGGUGAGGUUCUGGGGGGGAUAUUCGGCGCAACAAGCCCCGCGGAGAAGACACGUCAGCAGUACGCGGAGCAGCUGGCGCGGGUUAACCGGCUGGAGGCGAUCGCGUCGAGAUUGUCGGACGCUCAGUUGCGCGGGACGACCAGAGACCUGCAGCAAAGGGUGGCUGCUGGCGAGACCCUCGAGAGUGUGCUCCCGGAGGCGUUUGCUGUUGUGCGAGAAGCUUCUAAGAGAGUUCUUGGCCUGAGGCCUUUUGAUGUGCAGCUCAUAGGUGGCAUGGUGCUGCAUGACGGUCAGAUCGCUGAGAUGCAGACAGGGGAAGGCAAGACACUCGUGGCCGUGCUCCCUGCCUACCUCAACGCUCUCACAGGCAAGGGCGUGCACGUGGUGACAGUCAACGACUAUUUGGCUCGCAGGGAUGCCGAGUGGGUGGGACAGAUUCACAAGUAUUUGGGUCUCUCUGUCGGCCUCAUUCAACAGGGCAUGACGGCGCAGCAGAGGAGGGAGAGCUACGCGUGUGAUGUCACGUACGUCACCAACAGCGAGCUGGGAUUCGACUACCUCAGAGACAAUCUUGCUACUUCCAAAGCAGACCUGGUUGUGCCCGCAUUCAACUUCUGCAUAAUCGACGAGGUCGACUCCAUUCUGAUCGACGAGGCCCGCACACCGCUCAUCAUAUCAGGGCCCGCAGAGAAGCCCAGCGAGCGGUACCUUAUCGCUGCCAAGAUCGCUGCUGCGUUUGAGAAGGGCGUGCACUACACGGUGGACGAGAAGCAGAAGGUGGUGCUGCUAACAGAGACAGGCUAUGAGGAAGCAGAGCUGGUUUUAAAAGUCACAGACCUCUACGACCCCAAGCAGCAGUGGGCGUCCUUCCUCCUCAACGCAAUUAAAGCCAAGGAGCUCUUUACCAAGGACGUACAGUACAUUGUGCGCGACGGCGCGGUGCUUAUAGUGGAUGAGUUCACAGGGAGGAUAAUGGAGGGGCGGCGGUGGAGUGAGGGCGUGCACCAAGCAGUGGAGGCAAAGGAGGGCGUGGCGAUUCAGAACGAGACUGUCAGUUUGGCGUCUAUCAGCUACCAGAACUUCUUCCUGCAGUACCCCAAGCUGUGCGGCAUGACUGGAACGGCAGCCACAGAGGCAGACGAGUUUGAGAGCAUCUACAAGCUUUCUGUAGCAGAAGUCCCCACCAACCGACCCUUGCAGCGGAAGCUUGCAGUGGUGGCGGAUGUGAAGGGGCGCCAUGCAGAGGGACGGCCGGUGCUGGUGUUGUCGCACCUGUACUAUCCUUCUUUACUGUGCUGUAUCUCUCCCGUUUACUCUCUUUGCUCCACAGGACGAGCAAGACGUGGUGUAUCGCACGUCAGUGGGCAAGUGGAAGGCGAUGGUGGCGGAUGUGAAGGGGCGCCAUGUGGAGGGACGGCCAGUGCUGGUGGUCUAUCAUUCACUCCUUCCCUCUGUUGCUAUAACCUUGCUACUCCUUCUCUUUACACCAUCACAGGACGAGCAAGAUGUAGUAUACCGCACAUCAGCAAGUGGAAGGCAGUGGUGGCGGAUGUGAAGGGGCGGCAUGUGGAGGGACGGCCAGUGCUGGUGGGAACCACGUCGGUUGAGAUCAGUGAGGCACUCUCAGCCAAGCUGAAGGAGGCAAAUGUUCCCCACCAGGUGCUGAACGCAAAGCCAGAGAACGUGGAGAGAGAAGCAGAGAUAGUGGCACAGAGCGGGCGAGUGGGGGCGGUGACGAUAGCAACCAACAUGGCUGGGCGGGGAACUGACAUCCUGCUGGGCGGCAAUGCAGAGUUCAUGGCCCGGCUGAAGCUCAGGGAGGCGCUUAUGCCCAGAGUGGUGAAAGCAGACGAUGUGGCAUUCAUAUUCCAAGGCAAAACGAAGAUUGCUGUCAAACGAUCCUGGACGGUGCCGGCCAAUCUCUUCCCCUGUCCUCUCUCGCCUGACCUCACUGAUGCUGUGAACGAGGCGGUGCAAGCAGCAGUGGAGGCGUGGGGGAGCAGUUCGCUCACAGCACUGGAGGCAGAGGACAGACUGGCAUUCGCAUGUGAGAAGGGCCCCACAUCUGAUCCUGUGGUGAAGCAACUGAGAGCAGCCUUCGAUGCAGUGGAAGGGGAGUACCGGCGGUACACAGAGGAGGAGAAGCGGAAAGUCAUUGCUGCUGGAGGCCUGCAUGUGAUCGGCACAGAGCGGCACGAGUCACGACGCGUGGACAACCAGUUGCGCGGUCGCAGCGGGAGGCAAGGAGACCCCGGCAGCUCUCGCUUCUUCCUGAGCCUCGAAGACAAUCUGCUGAGGGUGUUUGGAGGAGAGCGCAUUGACGGGCUAAUGAGGGCCUUCCACGUGGAGGAUCUGCCCAUCGAGUCGCCGUUUCUCAACCGAGCGCUGGAGGAUGCGCAGAGGAAGGUGGAGAACUACUACUUUGACAUUCGCAAGCAGCUGUUUGAGUACGAUCAGGUGCUGAACAGCCAGAGGGAACGAUUCUACUCGGAGAGGAGGAGAGCGCUGGAGACAGAGGACCUCGAGGGGCUGAUGCUGGAGUAUGCCGAGCUGACCAUGGACGACAUUGUCAAUGCAAACAUCGACCCAUCACUAUCACAGGAAGAGUGGAACUUUGAGGCUCUCACAAAGAAGGUCAAACAGUAUUGUGCACUGCUCACGGACCUAUCAAUAGACGACAUCAUCUAUCACAGCGACACUGUAGACACUCUGAGGGAGUAUCUACACCAACGCAGCAAAGAAGCCUAUUACACAAAGAAGGCGGAAGUAGAAGCGGCAGUGCCAGGGUUAAUGAGGGAUGCAGAGCGGUACUUUGUGCUGACUCAGAUGGAUCUGCUCUGGAAGGAACAUUUGCAGGCGCUCAGAUUCACUCAGCAGGCUGUGGCUUUAAGGGGAUACGCUCAGCGAGACCCUCUUAUCGAGUACAAGCUUGAAGGGUACAACCUGUUUCUUGCGAUGAUGGGGCAGAUCCGGCGAAACGUUAUUUAUUCCGUGUAUCAGUUCAAUCCAGUCACAGUGAGUCAACCUGAGGGAGCACAACCGUCCAAGACUAGCUGA